AUGCUGCGCACGGUUCGCGUGGAAAAUCACGCCCUGGGCACCGUGGACUAUGUCGACUCGACUGGAAAGGUGAUCUUCCAGACGUGCGCCCGGGAGCGCGGCCGCGUCAUUUUCCAAAUCGGCACAUCCGAUCCGGAGCGCGCUGUGCGCGUUGCCAAGAUGGUCCACCGCGAUGUGGCAGCCAUCGAUCUGAACAUGGGCUGUCCGAAGCCCUUCAGCACCUCCGGCGGCAUGGGGUCCGCCCUGUUGGACCCGUGCGACCGCGCCGUCAAUAUCCUCAAGGCCCUCAAGGCAGCGGACUUGUCCUGCCCGGUUACCUGCAAGAUCCGCUUCAUUGUCGAUGCCGAGGAGCGCGAGGAGGUCUUGCGAGCUCACACCCAGGCUCGGAAUACCAAUGCCCCGCUGCCCCAGGUUCUGACAGUUCCAGGCGGCCAGGCCGAGGCCCCUGAUUCCGGCGGAGCAGCCCUCGCCGAGGAUGCCCCGGCCCCUGGCAUCCCGGGUAUCCGGUCGCUCCAAGCAUCGCAACGCCUGGUGGACACGCUGUCGCGCACCGGCGUGGCGGCCAUCGGUAUCCACACUCGGUUCCCGCACACCCGGCCCCGAGAGGCCCCAACGACCAGCUGGUUUGGCCCGGUGUCCUCCGCGGCCGGAAGCCGGGCCGCCAUCUUGCUCAAUGGCGUGUCGAGUCUCGUGCACUCCUUCGAGGAUAUCCAGCGCCUGCGCGAGUCCAUGCACCCGGAUGGGGCGAUCAUGCUGGCCCGGGCGGCGCAUUGGAAUUGCUCGGUCUUCCGUCGGGAGGGCCCGCUGCCCCUGCGCCAGGUGGCCCGGGACUUCAUGCGCAUCUGCGCGCAGCUGGAUCACAACCUGGAAAAUGCCAAGUACAUCUUGCAUCAGAUGUGCUCGGUGGCCGACCCGGGGCGGACCUUCUGCCCGGACUUCGAGGAGGAAGACCGGCGCUUUGCCGGGGAACUGGCCCCCCGGAUUGCCCCCUGCCUGAACUUGCGCGAGCUGUAUGCACUGGUGGAGGACCCGGCCAUGUUCGACUACUUUGCCCGGGGGAUUGAGGCCUCCCGACGGGAGCAUGCUCCGCUUCCGGGGACCGGCGAGCCGUCGGCCAAGCGCCUGCGCCUUGGCCCGACCGGCGAGCCGGAGCCCUCGGAGGACGGUGUCGUGCGUGUCCCGCUCAAGCUCACGCCGCGGCUGUUCACCCCGGGCAACCCUCCCAAGCAGAUCCUCAACGGUCUGACCAGCGACUCACUCAAGUACGAAACUGUCCGGUGUGACACCCGGCGGGCGUUCCGCUCCACCGUGACCCUGGACUCUGGCAAGGCCUUUGGUAGCGAGAAUUGGUUCAUGAACAAGAAGACCGCCGAGCAUGCGGCUGCUGUGGUGGCUCUGCGGUAUGGUCUGGCGCACCCGGAGCUGGGUGUGUCUGAUGUGGGCGAGGUCUUCUCGGAGAUUGCUCGCGACUAG